AUGAACUUUUGGCAACAGGAUGACAAGAAUGACAAUGAUAAUAAUAGCAACCAGCCCCCGCAAGAAGAGAAAGAAAAAGAGCUAGAGCUAUUGGUGUUGGAUACCAGUGUGGAUCUGUGGAAUUUGGUGAUUGAUGCCUUUACCGCCGAUGCUACCGUAUGGGCUGUCAUUGUCACGGAUGGCUUUCUCAAGCUGCUGGAUCCGACACAAAUACACGAACUAUUCAUUCAAAUUGGAAUGCUACAACGACUGACCAUGGUACAGGUGGAUUUUCCCAGAAAUGCCAGAGGCAAUGACAAGAUACUCGCUGCUGUCGUCGCCAUGGUGGAACGAGCCAAAAACUUGACCACCUUGCGGAUCCACAAUAUCGAUUUCACAACCACGGAAUUCGUCGACGUUUGCAGCAGAAAUUCCAAACUCAAAGAUGUCAAGGUUAUGGGUGGACAAUCUGGAAUGGAGGGAUCCUAUCGAGCACAGCGGGAUUUGAUACUACAGAAACGACAGAAACAGCAAUCUACUACAGAGCAAGCACCACAAGAAAACAGCAACAAUCACCGAGAAGAAAUGUCAAGCAAUGACAGGUUUCAACUCCAAAUGGCCCAAGCCAUGCGUCUCCACGCACAGACCGAAAAAAGUGCGACAACAAACAUUCAAUCCAAUCCGCAAACUGAUAGGCGUAACAAGGACGACAAUAAUCAUAACAGAGGCAGAACCAGACUUGCUCGAAUACCCGAAACAACAGAGACAUCGCAAGACAAACCAGACUAUGAAAAAAUGAAGCGACGUCUGCAAAAGGCAAUCUCCAAAGACAAGCAAAACUACAAAAGCCCCAGUCCGGAACCGGAGCGCAGUCUGAGCACAUCGGUGCACGCACGGGAAACGCGGUCCCUGUCUCCUCGAGGGCGAAAACAUCGUCAUCAUCCUCAUCGCCGUCUGCAAAAGCGAGUAUCACGGUCCCACAGUCCCGAAAAUCGGAGCAGGCGCCAUCGAGACGAUCAUUAUAAUCAUGCCGACAACAAGCAUCAUCAUUCCUAUGACAAAACAAAGGAACGUCGGGAGACAAAGAGUCCACAACACGGCGAGAGGACGUCGCACCGUCGAGAUCACAUGGAAAAGUCUUCUCACCACAAAGACGACAGGUCAUCGCGGCACUACAAUCAACGAAGCAGAGAGAAGUCGAGGGACCACUAUGAUAACUCAUCACAGCACCACCACAGACAAAAAGACAAGGAAAAGUCCACCGAUCACAUUGAUCGCAAGCCAAGAAGCCCUCAGGGAAGAUCACCACCCUCGAGUGAGGAAAAGCCAACCAGCAGUCACCAUGAUGAUGAUUACAGGUCAUCACGGCACCACAGAGAGAAAGACAAAGCAAAGUCCAGUGAUUCCAAUGAUCGCAAGUCAAGCCAUCGGGGAAGAUCACCACCCUGGAGCGAGGAAAAAUCGUCAAGUCGUCAUGACGAUGGCAGGUCACCACGGCGCCACAGAGAACCAGUAAUUGAAAAAUCCAGUGGCCACCAUGAUCGCAAGUCGAGCCAUGAGGGAAGAUCACCACCCCACAGUGAGGGCAAGCCUGCUAGCAGCCACCAUAAAGAUGAUAGGUCAUCGCGGCACAACAAAGAACAAAACAAAGAAGAUAGCAGUGAUCACCUUGAUCCCAAGUCCAGCCAUCAGGGAAGAUCACCGCCCCGCAGCGAGGAAAAGUCGUCAAGUCGCCGUCACCUUGGGGAAAAUUCUACUACCCCUAGUCCUCACAACCGCAAAUCACCACAGGAUGGCAAGGACCAAGAGGACAGGCCUAGUCGGGGCGAUGGGAGAAGCAGACGAUCAACACAUCGUCGGGAUCUCGGAGAAGAAGAAAAGUCUAGUCGCCAUCGCCGCGACGACGACAAGUCUACUAGUAGUCACCAUCGGAGAACACAGCAAAGUGACGAGCGCGGUGACCCGUCUUCAAAAAGCAGGAGUCGUCAUAGCCGUGAAAACUCGCCACAAGAGCAUAAGGAAGAAAGGUCUAAUCACCAUCAUCACGGACAAGAAACAAGCGGACGUUCUAGGAGAGAGCACCGUUCGCACCACCACAAAGGGGACCAGGUUGAUAUGAAGGAACAUGCGUCCACGGAAAGGACCCCUGCAUUGGUCAAUUCAAGUAACGAUGAUGACAAAGAAUCUCAGGACCGAGACCAAAAGAUGAAAAGCAACCGCUCUAGUCAAGAACAUCAACGACGCAUGUCCAUUUCGCCACCCAGACAUCGUGCUAUUAGUCCACUUGCAAGAAACGGUAGUCCACAUCAGAACAAAGGUGACCACGAGGAUUCACAGCAAGAAACAAAACAAUCAAGUCAUCUAGACCGUCGCAGGCGAAUGUCUGUGGCCACGUUGCGAGAUCAUGACCCUAGUGAAAGCUCAGGGGGGGGACAGAGGGCAAACCGCCAAGACGGAGAGGAUCAUGAGUCCUUUGAAAACGACUACCAAUCCAGUCGUCGCCAUCAUAAUUGUGACAAUCACAAAGGAUCAUCUGCGUCCCCUUCACCGCGCGACACAGGCAAUUUACAUUGUGGUGACGAGACAAGGAAUGCGGAGUCGUCGGCACAACAAAGGAGAAAGUCUGUGUUGCCUCCCAGAUGCAGAGGAAGAAAGUCUCUUUCACCACGGAGAAGUAGUAUGAUGGAGCUGGGUGUUGGUCACCCAGCGUCAGCGCAACAAAGGAGAAUGUCUGUGUCACCUCCCAGAAGCAGAGGAAGAAUGUCUCUUUCACCAUGGAGAAGUAGUAUGAUGGAGCUGGGUGACCAACACCCAGCAGUACCGUAG